AUGCAGAUACAGGUCCCAGACAUUCUUCCAUUAGGUUCCGGUUUCCUUUUGGUGCAUGACAUUCCGUCUUCGCGAACACUUCUGGAUUUCCUCAACGAGCAUUGUUCCAGCAACAACUUCGACCUAGACAACGUUUACAACAAAUACUUCGAGAAGAUCGCUCAGCAACAGAUUCGUAAUUGUCAGCCGUCGCAUCAGUCGUUGCGCGACGUGUUCAAAGACAUACAGAAGACGUAUAUUCCGAGGAACGCGCUUAAAACUCAGCUUCAAUUAUGGUACCAGGACCCAACGGAGUACUUCGUGUUUCGAAAACAAGUUGCCCUUCAUCUCUCGGUUCUAAAUUUGUCUGAGUUCCUGUUCCAUCUGUCGUCCGUUCUUCCUGAGCAGCUACAGUUCUCGAUGACGUCAGGUGCCGUCACGUCGUUUCACUUCAGGUUUGACAUCAACGAAUCAACCGGUGAACUUGAUGCCAAUCGACCCGUCCCUUUUCGACUUACACCUGCCUUGACCGAGUUUCUAGGCGUUUCCGUUUUGGGCAAUAUUUUGCCAUGGAUGAAAUUGACGGCUCGCAUUUUGCAGCACGCCGACCUGUAUGACUGGCUUCAGCUGUUUCUCUGGGAGGAGUACUUUGCCCUUUCCAACUACUCAAACGCAGAGCCACUAUCGAACAAGGUCUCCAAAGCGGUCACUGCCAUAACGAACAGGCUUCAAGGUCUGGCGAAUCCGGAUACUGGCGAGAGUACUUUGUCGGUGCUUAUCAAUGCUGCUCAAACUCUUGACAACCUUUGUCGUAUGAGCCCUGCUUUUCACCCUUGGUUCUAA